UCAACAUCAAGAGACUGCAUCUAUCGCGUACUACUUCUGUUCCUGGGACAUCCAAAUAUAAUCAACACAUCCCUCGGUCCCUGAUUCUUCAUUGUUCACACACCAAACACAGAGCAAAACCCCAUACAGGAAGAAAUCAAUCUACAAUGCCCCCGUCCACUCCCAACCCCCGCCCAUCCAAACCCACUCCCACUCCCACUCCCACUCCCAGAUCUCAAUCGCAGCCCACCCCCAAACCCCAACCCCGACGCGUCGUCCUCCCCGAUGCUCACUUCCGCCACACGCCUCUCGCCUCCCGAAUCCCAGGAAGCAAUACUUCCCCCCGAGUAGGCGGAGGCACCCGCCCCCCGCUCCCUGCGAAGGAUAUCCGGCAGACGAAGGAGUAUAAAGCUGCCGCUAGGAAAUGGCUCUCGACGAUCGUGGCGCUGCCGGUUCUGAUGUAUACUUCUUAUAUCCUUUAUGAGCGGACGGUUGGGAAUCAGAAGCCGAAGCGGUUGGUUGGCGGCGAUGGACGGGCGCAGCAGCAGGGGGGGUUGGAUGAGCAGAGUCAAGGGACUAGCUUGGGGGAUGGGCAGGGGAGGGAGUAG